AUGAGUGAGAAUCAAAUGAAGAAGGAAAUACAACAAGUGAGUGAAGAGGAAGUUGAACAACUUAUGCAAAGCCUUCCAAAAGUAACAAUCAUGAACAACAAACUUGAACUAGUAAACUAUCAAGGCUUCUGGCAUCCCUCUUUAGCAAACUACCUUAAGAGCACCCUUUUAUUCCAACGACAUUUCCGUGCUCGAAACACCGAUUUAAUAAUCGCUAGCUUCCCCAAAACCGGCACCACUUGGUUGAAAUCUCUACUAUUUUCUGUUGUUAACCGUUUUAACUACCCAAAUAAGGAUCAAACCCCUUUACUUAAACAUCACCCUCACGAGCUCGUAUAUCGGUUAGAGGUUGAUGUUUAUGGCAACGCCUUUGAAUAUCCUCAGCCUCAACAUCUUGACGACCUUCCUUCGCCGAGGCUUUUGCAUACCCACUUACCUUACACCUCUCUUCCUGAGUCUAUCAUGACUUCCCGGUGUCGGGUUUUGUAUAUCGGUCGGAAUCCGUUGGACACGGUUGUUUCGUUGUAUUACUUCUCUGUAAAAAUGAUGAAAAACAUGGAAGGAGAGGAUUUUCGACACCCUAGUAUGGAGGAGUUCUUUGAAGAUUUUUAUACGGGGAGGGUCCCACAUGGGCCGUUUUUUGAGCACAUGGUUGGGUAUUGGAACCAAAGUUUAGAGCGGCCUGAUAAGGUGUUGUUCUUCAAGUACGAGGAUUUGAACGACAAUCAAGUAUUUUAUGUCAAGAAGUUGGCUGAAUUUGUAGGUAUGCCGUUUUCUACUAAGGAAGAGAGUCAAGGUGUAAUAGAUGAUAUAGUAGAGAUGUGUAGCAUUAAUAAUAUGAAAGAAUUAGAGGUUAACAAAAGUGGGGUGAUUAAUAAGUACUUUGAGAAGGAGAGUUAUUUUAGGAAGGGGGAAGUUGGGGAUUGGACACAUCAUUUGUCACCUUCUAUGGUUGAGAGGAUGAAUACUCUUUCUCUUAUGCUUGAAAAACUCGAGGGUACUAGUUUAUCCUUCAAAAUGCUAUCCUCACAGUGAGGACUGAGGAGAAGCCGUGAUGGUAGGGAUGUCAGUGGGGCGGGUUUUAUGGGAGACCCGCCUCGCAUUCGUCCCAAGUAGGUGGGGAUGGGUAGGUUUGGCGGGUGAUGGGGCGGGAUGGGUACAAAAGUCGUACCGGCCAUGGGUGAUGGGCGGGCGUGGAUUAUUUGUUGGACCCGCCCCAUCCCUGCCCCCGUGAACUAACCGAGGUGACUUGCGUGGAUUAAGAUAGAUUAAUUCAAGCUUAAUUAAAGACAAAUAUGAUGUAUUAUAAGACAUUUUUUAUGUUUGGAUUUGUUUGUGUGCGAGUACCUUUUUGUUUUUUUUCCAUUAUCUAUGUUAUAUUUAGUUAUCAAGUGUUAUAUAUGUUGUUAGGUGUCCGCUAAUUAAAAAAACUCGGAGGGUAUAGCGCGGAGAUGGGGCGGGAAUAAGGCGGGGAUGGAUACCCAGGCAAGUGGUGGGGCGAGGAUGGAUUUUAGGUUGUACCCGGUGGGACGGGGAUGGGGAUGGAUUUUGUACCCGUCAUGGGUGAUGGGGCGGGGAUGGGGAUAAUAUUUUUUGGUGGGGAUGGGUAUGGAGGCACCAACAUCCGCAUCCGCCCCGCCUCAUUGACAUCCCUACGUGAAGGCCUUCACGUUGCCUGACGUCAACCGGAGAAAACUACUCCCUCUGUCCCAAAAUUAUAGUCCUGUUUUUCAAAUCGGAUGUCCCAAAUUAUAGUCCUGUUUCUAAUUUUGGCCAUUAAGGUCCCCACUUUUUCAUGUACUAUAUUAAUUAAAAAUGCAUUGAAAACUCCACACAUGUAUUAUAUUCCAAUUUUCUAUGUAUUAUAUUCUC